UGUGGCGGAGUGAUCUGUUGUCAUUAAAUCAUAUUUUAUAUUAUAUAGUAUGUUUGAACAGUUUACUAGCGUAGUUUGAACAACACUUUCAAAUUUCUUAAAAUUAGAAGUCGUGCGUGCACGUCCAUUGAGUAGAAUAUAUGUUUAUACCAUAUGACAUUGUUGACGUACAAGACAUACUAAUGUACUGAGGAACACCAUGUGCUUCCUUCGCUUAUUGUACUAUAUGAAUACUAAAAAAUAAUUGUUUUUAUUGUAUCUUGUGAAAAAUUAAAGUAUUCGCUGUCGUGAGUACUCUUUUAAACGUUUAAAUAGAAGAAGUUUUUUCUUUUCUACAAUGAUAACGACCCAACCAUGCACAGUUUCAUUAAUAAUUGCAUAAAAACCUGAAAAUGGAUACUUUAACAGCCUCAUUCAGUCCAGGUGAGGAUACAAAUGCAUUAUGUGGAUGUUAUUAUAGAAAAGAACCAUUUCGGAAUAAGGGGACCAAUUACAUUUAACAUCGUGUGGCGUAACAGUCAAAAAUUCUUCAAGUGAAGAGGCCGAUCAUAAAAUUCUAGUAGAAAAUAAACCAAAAUCAAACAAGUCUAGAAGAACGAAGCAAAAUUUUAUUGUAGGGCUGUUAAGGAGGACUAGGAACGCUGAAGGGAAUCAAAUACGCAAUUCGAGAUUAUUUAGUAGGAGACAGCAUUCACUUGUGGAUGUUUGGCAAGCGACUCUUAGAUCUACAACUGCCAUGAGUCAGCCCGCUGCUCCAAUUAUUGAACAGGAUGAUCCAGUCCCUACAAAAGGAUUCGCCCCAGCCUUGACAACGGCUCCUAAGAAACCAACAAGACGCGCUGGUGUCAAACCACAGCCUGAUCGUCCAGCUAGAGCUUUGUUUUGCUUAACUUUGAAGAAUCCGCUGCGAAAACUGUGUAUCGAUAUUGUGGAAUGGAAGCCAUUUGAAUAUUUAAUCCUAAUAACAAUUUUUGCUAAUUGUGUUGCUUUGGCUGUUUAUACACCAUUCCCGAAUAGUGAUUCAAACAUCACGAAUGCUGCUUUGGAGAAAAUCGAAUAUGUAUUCCUAGUGAUUUUCACGGCUGAAUGUGUAAUGAAAUUAAUUGCAUAUGGAUUCAUAUUACAUCCGGGAUCAUAUUUACGGAAUGGAUGGAAUAUUUUGGAUUUCACUAUUGUUGUCAUAGGUAUGAUUUCUACAGCAUUGUCUAACUUGAUGAAAGAAGGAUUCGAUGUCAAAGCCCUACGAGCGUUUCGUGUGCUAAGACCUCUACGAUUAGUAUCGGGAGUACCAAGUUUACAAGUUGUUCUCAAUUCAAUUCUGCGAGCCAUGGUGCCUUUAUUACAUAUUGCUCUUCUUGUUUUGUUCGUGAUUAUUAUAUAUGCAAUCAUAGGACUUGAGCUAUUCUCAGGGAAACUACACAAAUCUUGCUUCCAUAAUAUUACAGGUGAAAUUAUGGAUGACCCUCAUCCUUGUGGAGAGGAUGGAUUUCGAUGCGAAACUAUCUCAUCUGAUAUGGUAUGCCGUUUAUACUGGGAUGGUCCGAACUUCGGAAUUACCAAUUUCGAUAAUUUUGGUCUAUCAAUGCUUACUGUGUUUCAAUGUGUCACAUUGGAGGGAUGGACCGAUAUGUUGUAUUAUAUACAAGAUUCUAUGGGUAGUGCUUGGCAAUGGGUUUACUUCAUAUCUAUGGUGAUAUUAGGUGCUUUCUUCGUUAUGAAUCUAAUUCUUGGUGUUUUGAGUGGUGAGUUUUCUAAAGAAAGAACAAAAGCAAAAAAUCGUGGCGAUUUUCAAAAAUUGCGUGAGAAGCAACAAAUAGAAGAAGACUUACGAGGAUAUUUAGAUUGGAUUACACAAGCAGAAGACAUAGACCCGGAAAACGAAGAAGACGCUUUACAGGAUGGGAAAACUAUAACAGCCAUGGAAAUCGAUUCUACUGAACACUUGGGUGAAGAAGUAGAAAUUCAACAAGAAUCGUGGUUAGUAACAAAAAAGAAGAACAUAGAUCGUGUCAAUCGAAGACUUCGCAGAGCUUGCAGGAAAGCAGUAAAAUCACAAGCGUUUUAUUGGCUCAUAAUUGUUUUAGUAUUUCUUAACACCGGUGUGUUAGCAACGGAACAUUACCAACAACCACGUUGGUUAGAUGAUUUUCAAGAGUACACAAACAUGUUUUUCGUAGCAUUAUUCACAAUGGAAAUGUUACUGAAAAUGUACAGUCUAGGCUUCCAAGGAUAUUUUGUAUCGCUUUUCAAUCGUUUCGACUGUUUCGUAGUUAUAGGUAGUAUUGGAGAAAUGAUAUUGACCAGUUCACACAUAAUGCCGCCGUUAGGAGUAUCUGUGCUUCGAUGCGUACGACUUUUACGAGUUUUCAAAGUCACUAAGUACUGGCAGUCGCUGUCCAAUUUAGUAGCAUCUCUGCUGAACUCAAUACAGUCCAUUGCUUCUCUGCUAUUACUACUUUUUCUGUUCAUAGUAAUAUUUGCUCUAUUGGGUAUGCAGGUCUUCGGUGGAAAGUUCAACUUCAAUAGUGCCGUAGACAAACCUCGUUCGAACUUUGACAGUUUUGUGCAAAGUUUGUUAACGGUAUUCCAGAUUCUUACUGGCGAGGAUUGGAACACUGUCAUGUAUGAUGGAAUCCAGGCGUACGGAGGUGUAGCAUCAAUUGGAAUAUUGGCCAGUAUUUACUUCAUCAUUCUAUUCAUAUGCGGUAAUUAUAUUCUGUUGAACGUGUUUUUAGCUAUCGCAGUUGAUAAUCUUGCGGAUGCUGAUUCUCUAACUACAGUAGAGAAGGAAGAAGGCGAUGAAGAUGAAACAGGCGAAGAAAAACCAAUAUCUCAUGAAGUAACCCCAAUAGGUAUUGCUGAUGAUGGUUUUAUGGAGCAUGAGAAGGAUAAUGCAGACUCGGAGAACGACAUACACAUGUUGGAAGACUAUGAACAAAACGGAUCUGAAACAAAAAUAACACUUCCAGAUGAUGAUGAGGGAUACGAAGACCAAGAUACUCAAGAUUUCAAUUGUCAAGAUCAAGAUUAUCACUUGGCGCGACCUCGCCGAAUGUCUGAGCUAAACGUAGCUAAUAAAAUACUACCAAUUCCUCCGGGGUCUUCGUUUUUCAUUCUAUCUCAAACAAACAGGGUUCGAGUGUUUUGUCACUGGUUGUGUAAUCACAGUACCUUCGGAAAUAUUAUCUUAGUCUGCAUUAUGUUCUCUUCUGCUAUGUUAGCUGCCGAAGACCCACUUAAUGCUACUUCAGAAAGGAAUCAAAUUCUUAAUUAUUUCGAUUAUUUUUUUACAUCUGUAUUUACCAUCGAACUACUGUUAAAACUUAUAUCGUAUGGAUUCCUGUUACAUGAUGGUGCCUUUUGUCGGUCGGCAUUCAAUUUACUUGAUUUAUUAGUGGUUUGCGUAUCUCUCAUAUCUAUGUUCUUCAGUUCUGGAGCGAUUUCUGUGAUCAAGAUACUGCGUGUUUUGAGGGUAUUAAGACCACUACGUGCAAUUAAUCGCGCCAAAGGAUUAAAGUACGUAGUGAAAUGUGUAAUAGUUGCAAUAAAAACCAUAGGCAACAUUAUGCUAGUCACCUAUCUACUUCAAUUUAUGUUUGCGGUUAUUGGAGUGCAAUUGUUCAAGGGUAAAUUUUUUUCAUGUUCUGAUGGAUCGAAGAUGCAAGAAGCAGAUUGCCAUGGAACAUAUCUCGUAUAUGAGGACGGCAAUGUCGAUAAACCUGUUUCUAAGGAACGGGAGUGGACCAAAAAUCGAUUCCACUUUGAUGACGUUUCAAAAGCAAUGCUCACACUAUUCACAGUGUCAACGUUUGAGGGGUGGCCAGGCCUUUUGUACGUAUCAAUCGAUUCUCACGAGGAGGAUUCUGGGCCUAUUCAUAACUUCAGGCCCAUUGUAGCGGCGUAUUACAUAAUAUACAUCAUUAUCAUCGCCUUUUUUAUGGUAAACAUUUUUGUCGGUUUCGUUAUCGUAACUUUCCAAAAUGAAGGUGAACAGGAGUAUAAAAAUUGCGAUUUAGAUAAAAACCAACGAAACUGCAUAGAAUUCGCUCUCAAAGCUAAACCUAUUCGACGGUAUAUUCCAAAACAUAGAAUACAAUACAAAGUGUGGUGGUUUGUAACAUCGCAACCAUUCGAAUAUAUGAUAUUCAUUCUUAUCAUGAUCAACACAAUUACGUUAUCAAUGAAAUUCUAUCGGCAACCAGAAAUGUAUACGGACAUACUAGACUCAUUGAACUUGAUAUUUACUGCAGUUUUUGCUUUGGAGUUUGUAUUUAAACUUGCUGCCUUCAGAUUCAAGAACUAUUUCGGUGAUGCGUGGAAUGUUUUUGACUUCAUAAUAGUUCUUGGAAGUUUCAUUGAUAUUGUAUACUCUGAAGUGAACAUCAAUAAAGGUCAAAAGCAAGCUUCGAGUAUAAUUUCAAUUAAUUUCUUCCGACUGUUUCGUGUCAUGCGACUCGUCAAGCUAUUAGCUCGAGGCGAAGGUAUUAGAACUCUGUUGUGGACCUUCAUUAAAUCGUUUCAAGCACUCCCGUAUGUAGCUUUGCUGAUUGUUAUGUUGUUUUUCAUCUACGCGGUUAUCGGAAUGCAGGUAUUUGGCAAGAUUGCAAUGGAUGACGAAACUUCAAUUCAUCGAAACAAUAAUUUUCAAACAUUCCCACAAGCUGUGCUUGUUCUGUUUCGUUCAGCAACUGGAGAAGCUUGGCAGGAUAUUAUGUUGGCUUGUUCGUCCCGACCAGGUGAAGUUAACUGCGACCCACUAUCAGACGACGCUGGUUCACUCGAAGGGUGUGGCUCUAGCAUUGCAUUUCCGUAUUUUAUUUCUUUCUACGUUUUGUGUUCAUUUCUUAUCAUAAAUUUAUUUGUUGCUGUCAUCAUGGAUAAUUUUGAUUACCUUACACGUGAUUGGUCAAUUUUGGGUCCGCAUCAUUUAGAUGAAUUUGUAAGAUUGUGGAGUGAAUAUGACCCUGACGCAAAGGGAAGAAUAAAACAUUUAGAUGUCGUUACGCUACUCAGGAAGAUUUCUCCGCCGUUAGGCUUUGGUAAGUUAUGCCCUCAUCGUGUCGCAUGUAAAAGAUUGGUUUCGAUGAAUAUGCCACUUAAUAGUGAUGGAACGGUCCUUUUCAAUGCAACCUUAUUUGCUGUUGUAAGAACAUCACUCAAAAUCAAGACAGAAGGAAAUAUUGAUGAUGCCAAUGCAGAACUCAGAUCAACUAUAAAGCAAAUAUGGAAACGGACAGCUUCCAAGCUUUUGGAUCAGGUUGUUCCUCCUCCUGGUGUCGACGAUGAAGUAACAGUGGGCAAAUUUUACGCUACUUUCCUUAUACAAGACUAUUUCAGACGAUUCAAGAAACGGAAAGAAAAUGUAGACAAUAGGCAUGUAGACUUUGAUACCCGGCGCACUACAACAUUGCAAGCAGGGUUGAGAACAUUACAUGAAGCUGGCCCGGAACUUAAGCGUGCAAUUUCUGGUAAUCUAGAGGAUAUAGAUGAUGAUAAUCCAGAACCAAUCCACAGGAGAAAUCAUACGCUAUUUGGUAACAUGUGGACGACUAUACGAAAACCAGCGCAAUUUCCCAAAAAAGGCAACAAUGUUGCUCCUAAAUCAUCUGUCACUUCUGCAGCUGCAACAUCUGCAAUGCAUGCUGUUAUUUCUGCGAAAACGGUGUCACAUGAUUCUAACUACAGUGACAAUAUUCCACUUCACCCACUCUUACUGGAUGGAAGCAGUAUAAAUCAAACUGGUCGGAUAUACAAUUCGAAUGAAAACGAUAUGAGAGAAGACUAUAUGGGAAAUCUUGCAAUUAACGAAUCCAAUGGAUGUGGCGGUAAAAAUGAAAACAGUAUGCGCACUGAAAAGGAUCUUCCUACGCUAACGGAUUCAUUAAAACGAAACGGAAAGUCAGUAGCAGUAAUUGGUUCAGCUGAAAGCCUAGUUGGAAGAGUUUUACAGGAACAAGGACUUGGUAAAUACUGUGACCACGUUUUAGUUCACUGUGCACAGUUAGAAAUGCUAGAGGCUUUGGAAAUGACACAAGAAGAAAUGGAUCUGGCUGCUCACGAGCUUAUACUUCAAGAGAGGUUCAACCGAAACAAUAACCAGUUGAAAGCAUACCACCAGAAUGAAAAGCGAGAUAUAACUAAAUCUUUAAAAAGAGAUAAUUGAAAUUAAAAGCCAAUAUUCGUUUUUGAUUAUAUAACAUUUAGAUAGCUCAAAUGUUAAUUUCAAAAACCAAAAACCAAUCGAUACCUUCAGCGACUGGAAACAUGGAAAGACGUUUUCUAAAUGUAUAAAUUGUCGAAUGAAAUAAAAACAAGCAUUUUUAUAGAAAACAUUAAAACAUAAA